AUGCCUGGCGUAUCCACAUCUCCUCUCUUGAACACCUCCGACAUCGAGCUUCUGCGACGAAAGCUCGCCGACGAUGUCCGCAUCGAGCGUUAUGUUCCCUUAGCUCCUCCCGCCUUGGUGCAAUACGAAAUUCCACACACAGCCAACAGCCUCCUUACCGUCUUGAACAGCCGCAUUGAGGCGCGUGACAUCAUUCGCCGAAACGAUGACCGGAUUCUCGUCCUCGUCGGUCCCUGUAGCAUCCACGACCCAGAGUCCGCUAUCGAGUAUGCGUCACGUCUCCGCGUCUUGGCGGAAGAGCUGAGAGAGGACCUUUGCAUCGUUAUGAGGGCGUAUUUGGAGAAGCCUCGCACAACAGUUGGCUGGAAGGGCCUCAUCAAUGACCCCAACGUCGACGACACCUUCGACACCAACAAGGGUGUGCGGGUUUCUCGCCAGCUCUUGGUCUCUAUCACCGAUCUUGGUGUACCCGUGGCAUGCGAGAUGUUGGACACCAUCUCCCCCCAAUAUACCGCAGAUCUGAUCAGUGUCGGCGCUGUGGGUGCCCGUACUACCGAGUCUCAGCUGCAUCGCGAGCUCGCAUCCGGUCUCUCAUUCCCUGUCGGCUUCAAGAACUCCACCGAUGGUUCCGUCGGUACCGCUGUGGACUCGUUGAAAUCUAUGCGCGGAUGCCACCACUUCAUGUCGGUCACCAAGCAGGGUGUCAUUGCCACAACAAGCACCAAGGGCAAUGAAGAUGGAUACGUCAUCCUACGUGGUGGUGCUCGUGGAACCAACUUUGAUGCGGCGUCGGUGAAAGCCACCCGCGAGCUUCUCCGCUCCAAGAACGAGCGGGAGGUGCUUAUGAUUGACUGUUCCCACGGUAACAGCUCAAAGGAUCACCGAAACCAGCCCAAGGUUCUGAAGGCUAUCGAAGAGCAACUUCGCGAAGGCGAGGACGCGAUCAUUGGCGUGAUGGUCGAGUCAAACAUCCGCGAGGGUAACCAGAAGCCACCCUCUAAGGGUUUGGAGGGCUGUGAAAAGGGUGUCAGUAUCACUGACGCGUGCAUUGACUGGGAGACCACCGAGCAGUCCAUGCGCUCCCUGGCCCAAGCUGUGCGCGAUCGUCGCGCCCGGGCUUCUACCGGCAAGAACUAG